GUGACAGAACAUUUACUCCUGAAGCGCAACUGCCCACCACUUCUUUUUGGUGUGUUUUUGAGUCACACGCGUGGAAAUACCGCCGGUCCGCCGACUCCCAGGGAAACUUUUAAUUCGGGAUAUUCAAGAAAAAUAACAAAAACUUACUAAUAAUAUGGGAAAAGAAAAUAUCUGUUUUUUGUCUGUUUGGAUAAUUUUGGGGAAAAUCUUUGCAACUUUUUCUUCGGACCCUGAACUCACCACCGUGUUCGAUAACACCACGGUCACAGGUGCCCCUCCCGGAUGGAUCACGGACUUCACUGACAUCGUGUCCAAGUUCUCCCUGCGCACCGUCGACAUCCCGGAUGAUGACAUGUGCUACAUAGUGACCGGCAGCCCGGAAACCAUCAAGCAGUGCGAAUUCAACCCGGAGACGCAGACCUUCAUCAUCAUCCACGGCUGGACGGUGACCGGGAUGUUUGAGAGCUGGGUGCCCAAACUGGUGUCCGCUCUCUACGAGCGAGAGCCCAGUGCCAAUGUGAUCGUGGUGGACUGGCUCACCCGCGCCAACAAGCACUACCCGACGUCCGCCGCCUACACCAAGCUGGUGGGCCGCGACGUGGCCAAGUUCGUCACGUGGAUACAAAAAGAGCUGCAGCUGCCCUGGGAGAGGAUUCAUCUGCUGGGCUACAGUCUGGGAGCACAUGUGGCCGGAGUCGCCGGAGACCUCACGGACCAUAAAAUCAGCAGGAUCUCAGGCCUGGAUCCUGCCGGCCCCACCUUCGAGCACGCGGACAACCGGAACACUCUGUCCAAAGAAGACGCUCAGUUUGUGGACGUCCUGCACACCAACACCAGGGGCUCCCCGGACCGCAGCAUCGGCAUCCAGAGAGCCGUGGGCCACAUCGACAUUUACCCCAACGGAGGCACUUUCCAGCCCGGCUGCGACAUCCAGAACACACUGAUGGGGAUUGCGUUGGAAGGCAUCAAGGGCCUCCAAAAUAUGGACCAGCUGGUCAAAUGUUCCCACGAGCGCUCCAUCCACCUGUACAUCGACUCCUUACUGAACACCCAGCAGCAGCCCAUGGCCUACCGCUGCAACUCCAGAGAGACCUUCAACAAGGGCAUGUGCCUCAGCUGCAGGAAGAACCGCUGCAACACGCUGGGCUACAACAUCAACCGGGUCCGCUCCACCCGCAGCGCCAAGAUGUACCUCAAGACUCGUGAAAUAAGUCCAUACAAAGUUUUUCACUAUCAAGUCAAGGUGCAUCUCUUCAACAAGGACCAACUGAGUUUCACCGAGCAGCCAAUGAAGAUUUCUCUGUACGGAACCCACGGAGAGAAAGAGGGCAUUUCCUUUGUCUUGCCAGUCCUAAGCGGUAACACCACGCUGUCCUUCCUCAUCACCACCGAUGUGGACAUUGGAGACCUGAUGAUCGUGAAGCUGCGCUGGGAGAAGGACACCAUCAUCAGCUGGUCGGACUGGUGGGGCAGCAGCAAGUUCCACAUCCGAAAACUGCGCAUCAAGUCAGGGGAGACCCAGUCCAAGGUGAUCUUCACCGCUAAGGACGGAGAGUUUGCCUACCUCGUCAGGGGAGGAGAAGAGGGAGUCUUCGUCAAGUCUAAAGAAGACAAAAUGAACCGUAAAGAAAAACUGAUGCACAAGCUGAAGAUGCAGGGCAGCCUUUUUGGGCAGAAUGACGCUUGAAGUCGCACGUGCACAGCCUCCAUUUCAAACACACACACACACACACACAGCCAAAGAUGGACCACACACAGCAACACCCGGAAAGCCACAGCAAGCAUCUGGACUUCUACUGAAUCUUGCCCUUCUUCUUCUUCUUCUUGUUCUUCUUCCUCCUGUUGUGCCUCUUGACAUUAACUCCCAGUGCAACAAACACGACCUCAUCCACGUCUGCUCCACAAACCCUCUCCUGUCUCUCUGCAUAUUCUGACGCUGAUGAGGUGCUCCCAUAUAACAAGUGUACACUUUCACUAACAUUUGCUGCAUAUCUUUGUAAUCAUUUGUUUAUGCUCCUUUAGCCCAUUUAUCCGGUUUAUACUGAUUUUGAUGUAGUUUUAACCCCUUAUGUGGUGUUUCCUUUGCCUUUGUGAACUUGGAUUAUUGUUGAUGUAGUACAUGAUUCAGAGUGAUAGGCAUAGUUUAGGCACAUCUUUUUGUUCUCUUAAAUGUGUAAAAUGACAAUGUUGUCCCUUACGUUUUUCUUUACCGAACCACUAAUUGCAAACAAUCUACAGGGACCAAAGAAGUAUUUACAACCUACGGAACGGAGAAUCCCGGCAGUCCUUGUAAAUACUUUUUUUUAAUCCGUUAUACACAGGCUCAGUCAAAAGACACAUUUUCUCAUUACUGACAAAGCGUGUCCAAACUUUUGACUAGUACUGUAAUUACAAUACAAUAUAUAUUUAUGAAUAUAUCAUAUUCUUAAAUAUGUAUGUUUUAAAUCUGAAUAAUGUGUUAAUACCUGAUCUCUUGAAGUCUUUCUCUUUUCUUUGAUGUGUUUUGGUUAUUGUGUGACUGGUCACUUUUAAAAGGCUCUUUGUCCCCUGAAGCCAUUAAAAUGUCAAAGGUCAUUAAGUUUGUGUUUCAACAGGCAUAUGCAUCUUUUAAUUUCUUUCCUGAAAUUGAAUUUAGCUCACUUUUAAAUCCAUAAUGGCAAGUGCUCUUUAAACACAUUAUGAGGGCAAAAAUAAAUCAACCACCAAUAGUUUACUCCAUUGAUUUAACUAUUUAUCCACAACAACUCUUAUUUUGAAAAGCUAAAACUUUACAGAAUAUCUGUAAACAAACAUGCAAGCCCUGAUAAUUUGAUGGACUGGCCUACAUUUUAGCCAUAAUACAUCUCAAUACUUCAUAUUGUAUUUAUUGAAUGUACAUUUAUAUAUUUGUAUAUUAAGCUGUAAUAUAUUUUGGGAGGCUUCCAUUGUCAUCUGUGUUUUUUUGUUUUUUUGUUUUAUUACAAAUGAAGCGUUUUGUUCAUGAACAUGGCUUUGGAGAGAUCAAUCAAAUUGGUCUCAAUGCCAAAUGUUCAGUGAAUUUACUUAAUGAACUCGGAUGGUUUAAUAAAAAGAUUACAAUAUCAUAUAUAUUCCAUUAUCCCUGAUUGCUUUAGUUGCUUUUGUAUCAUUUUUAAAUGACAAAAGCAUUAAAAGAUAAUGGGAAUUAAUUGUCACAUCCAAGCUUAUGCCAAUCCGAUAAGAAAUAACAUCCCUGGUAACAUCAUCGGCCCUGGAUCGACAUGGACAAUGAUUUAGAAUUUGCUUAAUCUUACUAUACAAUAAAAAAAGGCCAUUGUUUGUUAAUGCUAAAAUCCACUCUAAUCAGUGUCAAUACCACCCCUGCAUAAUAUCCUCUUAUGUCUUCAACUACAGUAAGCACAUAUACAGCUUAUGUUUUACUAUGAUUGCGAUUGAAACGGGUGCGAUUGCAGCUUUCAAACCACUUGAGUCUUGUAAAAAGGCAAUAUUUCAAACAAUCAAUAAACACAGAGCUAAAAGUACCCCUGUCGAGCUUUUUACAUGUGAUCAGACGUUUACAUUUAGACCCAAACGCUUCUUGUUGUCAUGUUCGUAACGCAUUGCUCACACGACAUCCUCGUCUCUUCUUGUAAUAAAAUCACCUGUCUUGAUGUCAAGUCCGGACGCGUGAGUUGGUUCCAGUGUGGAACAUUUUCAACAUCUGAGAUGAAU